GCCGCCGCCGCCGCCUCCUCCCGGGAGCCCUCCGGGGAGCCCGGCCGGGAGCCCGCCCGGUUCCGGCCGGAGGAGCUGCGGCUGAGCAGCACCACCUUCGCGCUGACCGGGGACUCGGCGCACAACCAGGCCAUGGUCCACUGGUCCGGACACAACAGCAGCGUGAUUCUAAUUCUGACAAAGCUGUAUGACUACAACCUGGGGAGCAUCACAGAGAGCUCACUUUGGAGGUCAACAGACUAUGGGACAACAUAUGAGAAGCUGAAUGAUAAAGUUGGUCUGAAGACAAUUUUAAGCUACCUCUAUGUCUGCCCCACCAACAAGCGCAAGAUCAUGUUACUGACGGACCCGGAGAUUGAGAGUAGUUUAUUGAUCAGCUCAGACGAAGGGGCAACCUAUCAAAAGUACCGGUUGAACUUUUACAUCCAGAGCUUGCUCUUUCAUCCUAAACAAGAGGACUGGAUCCUGGCUUACAGUCAAGAUCAGAAGUUGUACAGUUCUGCAGAAUUUGGGAGGAGAUGGCAGCUCAUCCAGGAAGGAGUUGUCCCGAACAGAUUUUACUGGUCGGUCAUGGGGUCAAGCAAGGAACCAGAUCUUGUGCAUCUGGAGGCCAAGAGUAUAGAUGGCCAUUCACAGUACGUAACCUGCCGCAUGCAGAACUGCACAGAAGCCAACAGAAAUAAACCUUUCCCUGGCUACAUUGACCCCGACUCCCUGAUUGUCCAGGAUGAUUAUGUGUUUGUCCAGCUAACGUCAGGGGGUCGACCACAUUAUUAUGUGUCCUACCGGAGAAAUGCCUUUGCCCAGAUGAAACUGCCCAAGUACUCCUUGCCCAAGGAUAUGCAUGUCAUCAGCACCGACGAGAACCAGGUGUUUGCGGCGGUCCAGGAGUGGAACCAGAACGAUACCUACAAUCUGUACAUCUCAGACACCCGGGGGGUCUACUUCACCCUGGCCCUGGAGAACGUCCAGAGCAGCCGAGGGCCUGAAGGCAAUGUCAUGAUUGACCUCUAUGAGGUAGCAGGGAUAAAGGGAAUGUUCUUGGCUAACAAGAAGAUUGACAACCAAGUGAAGACUUUCAUCACAUACAACAAAGGAAGAGACUGGCGUUUGCUUCAGGCACCCGACUCCGAUCUGAGAGGGAAUCCUGUUCACUGCCUGCUACCAUAUUGUUCCCUCCACCUUCAUCUAAAGGUUUCGGAGAAUCCCUAUACUUCAGGGAACAUUGCCAGUCGCGAUACGGCACCCAGCAUUAUAGUGGCCUCAGGAAACAUAGGCUCUGAAUUGUCUGACAAUGAUAUCAGCAUGUUUGUGUCUUCUGAUGCAGGGAAUACCUGGAGGCAGAUCUUUGAAGAGGAGCACAGUGUUUUGUACCUGGAUCAGGGAGGCGUGUUGGUGGCCAUGAAACACACAUCUCUACCGAUUCGACAUCUCUGGUUAAGUUUUGACGAAGGGAGAUCCUGGAGCAAAUACAGUUUCACAUCUAUUCCGUUGUUUGUGGAUGGGGUCUUGGGAGAGCCCGGAGAAGAGACGCUGAUAAUGACAGUAUUUGGACACUUCAGCCAUCGCUCUGAAUGGCAACUGGUCAAAGUUGACUACAAGUCCAUUUUCGACAGGCGGUGUGCUGAGGAAGACUACCUCCCAUGGCAACUCCACAGCCAGGGAGAGGCAUGCAUUAUGGGAGCCAAAAGAAUAUACAAGAAGCGAAAAUCCGAAAAGAAAUGCAUGCAGGGAAAAUAUGCCGGCGCCAUGGCAUCGGAGCCUUGUGUCUGUACGGAGGCAGACUUUGACUGCGAUUACGGUUACGAGCGUCACGGCAACGGGCAGUGCUUACCCGCAUUUUGGUUCAAUCCAUCUUCCCUUUCAAAAGACUGCAGCCUGGGGCAAAGUUACCUUAACAGCACAGGGUACCGGAAAGUGGUGUCCAACAACUGCACAGAUGGUGUGAGAGAACAGUACACUGCCAAGCCCCAGCAGUGCCCAGGAAAGGCCCCCCGAGGGCUCCGCCUCGUCACCGCCGACGGCAAGCUGACGGCAGAGCAGGGGCACAACAUAACCCUCGUGGUGCAGUUGGAUGAGGGAGACGUUCAGAGGACCCUUAUCCAAGUGGACUUUGGAGAUGGCAUUGCUGUUUCGUAUGUGAACCUCAGCUCCACAGAGGACGGCAUCAAACAUGUCUACCAGAAUGUGGGCAUUUUCCGAGUGACAGUGCAGGUGGAAAACAGCCUGGGCUCGGACAGCGCAGUCCUGUACUUACAUGUAACUUGUCCCCUGGAGCACGUUCACCUGUCGCUUCCCUUCGUCACGACCAAGAACAAGGAGGUCAAUGCCACUGCUGUGCUGUGGCCCAGUCACGUGGGCACCCUCACCUACGUGUGGUGGUAUGGGAACAACACAGAGCCACUGAUCACCCUGGAAGGCAGCAUAUCUUUUAAAUUCACUGCCGAAGGGAUGAACACCAUCACAGUGCAAGUUUCGGCAGGCAACACCAUUCUUCAGGACACAAAGACCAUUGCAGUGUACGAGGAGUUUCAGUCUCUCCGCUUAUCAUUUUCUCCAAACUUGGAUGAGUACAACCCCGAUAUCCCUGAAUGGAGGCGUGAUAUCAGUAGAGUCAUCAAAAGAGCCUUGAUUGAGGCCACCGGCAUCUCUAGCCAACACAUCCUAGUGGCGGUGCUUCCGGGCCUACCGACAUCGGCCGAGCUCUUCAUUUUACCCUACCAGGAUGCCUCUGGAGAAAACAGAAAAUCAGCAGAGGAUCUGGAACAGAUUUCAGAAAUGCUGGUCCACACUUUGAACCAAAACUCUAUCCACUUUGAAUUAAAGCCUGGAAUCCGAAUUCUUGUUCAUGCCGCCCACUUAACAGCAGCCCCGCUGGUGGACAUCACUCCCAGCCACAGCGGUUCAGCGAUGCUGAUGCUGCUUUCGGUGGUGUUCGUGGGUCUCGCCGUGUUCGUCAUCUACAAGUUCAAGAGGCAGAUUCCGGGGAUUAAUGUUUAUGCAAAGAUGCAGAAUGAGAAAGAGCAAGAGAUGAUCAGUCCAGUCAGUCAAAGUGAAAGCGGGCCCAAUAUCAGUCAGAGUGAACUGAGGAGCCCUGGGCAACUUGUAGAUGAGAAGUUGGAUACGCAGCCGAUAGGAAGUAUUUCCAUAGUUGCUGAAAAUCAAAGCACAAAAGAAAUCCCUACUUAUGUCAAUGUUUGAAUGGAGGACACCAGUUAAAAAAAAAAAGACAAAACACCACUCACUGCAUUUGGACUUUUAAAUUCUUCAGACACAGACAACAAGGGUUUUUAGCUUUAAAGCCUGUGCAUGUGGACAUUAUUCUGAGAACGUGUUUGGAGGGACCGUGUACAGGUGCUCUAUUUUAAUGGGAAACUCCCCCUGUUCCCCUCUCUCUUCUCUCUCUUUUUCUGACCAGUCGUGUUUGUAGGAAAUUCAUAACAAAUAUAAGCCAAGGAAAUCUGCAUGUAUUUUUGGGAAGUAUUCUUGGCUCUAGAUUUAACAGUUAUUUUAGCACUGCAGGCCAGUUGGUGGGCUAGCUACCCUGGCAGAUUUCAUAAAAAUUCAAAGGAGAUAAUGCAGACCUUUGAAGCCCUGAGCGGUUUUUCAUUUUAAUUUUCCUUAUUUUUGUUUGUCCUUUCUGUCCCUUGGUGGGUGAGUGGUGGUCGUGUGACUGCUAAGCUCUUUCUGCAAGAAGAGAAUGGGAAGGAACUGGAAAUCCUUACAGACACAUUUAUUGUGCAGGAAAGGGGCCUGGGAUGGUCAUUUGUCUCUUUCAAAGGGAUAAACCAUCUUCGUAGAAGAAGGUCCCCACUUGCUUCCCACAAAUUUGGCAUAAAUAAGUGUAGGACGCCAUCUUGCACCUUACCUGAACUUCCCUUUGCCUCAUCAUGCUACUUUCUGUGUGAGGUCGCCUUUCCGCUGACUGUUUUCUUCAACCCAGCUACAAACCUACGACACUGGGCCACUCUGUCACCUCACUUUCUCAACCACUUCGCUACAUACCAAGUGUUGACUCAUGCAAUCAAUCACUGUCUUAUUGAGCACUUAUUGUGUGCUGAGCACUGUACUCGGUGCUUGAGAGAGAACAGAACAGUAGAGUUGAUAGACAUGUUCCCUGCCCACUUGGGAUUCUCUUUUGAAUCCAUUUCCUCUUGACUUCUGACCCUCUUCCAUGGUCCUGAGCCAGGGAUUUCAACCCUUUAUGUACAUUUCAUAAUUCCUAGUGUAUUACCUUUUAACCAUUUCAGUGAGGCUGAGUCAUAUCCAGGCAGACCUGAGAUUGUAUGUAUUGGUGGGUGGUCCCAGACAAAAUUAGGAAAAUAGACAAACUCCACAGAAUCAGAAAGUUGUGACAGCUGGGCAGAUAUCAACACUUGACCGCUUUCUCAUUGACAGCCCCCCCCCCCGGUAGCAUGCUCAGAUCAUGCUCAGUUUCAGGUCCUUUAGGGUUCUGGGAAUUGUAGUUCAGCUGGCCCCAGAAUUCUGUGUUGCUCAAACCCCACAUUUACCUCUUUGCCACUCCCACCAGGAGAUAAGAGGAUCAUUCAGAGUUUGGGAUGUCAUAAUGUUCUGAUUUUCAAGAAGAAUCAUCCAGUCAGUCUAGUCCUAUCUAAUCUGAUAGGAUCAAGAGUCUGCCAACUCUUCCAAACUCUCUUUUAUCAUCCUGAUGAGGAUCUUAACCCACAUAUGAAAUAUUUUGAAGCAGUUUCAGAUUUUGGUAAAUACAUAAGAAACUAAAAUGAAAAUACAAAAUUGGGAAGGGUUCCUUCAAUCCAGGGAAAAUCACAUGUGAUCAAGUUGUCAUUUCAAUGAAAAUGUUUGCUCUAAAUUUUUUUUUAGUAUAUGUUAGCGGCGUUCCCCAGAAAGAAGUUCCUCUUCAGCACCGGAAUGUAGAUACUAGGAAACAGCUUAGCUUAUUUUUAGAAGAAAGAAAGGUUGUCAUCACCCUAUUCAUAGAUUAUCUGUUCUAGAAAAUGGGGGUGGUAAAUGGUCUGGUGGAUUGAAAGGUCUGUUUGGAUGCCAUUGAAAAUCUUAAUUAUUCUGAAGAUCUUGUUGUUGGGUACUCUCCUACAGAGCCUCUAGGGAUACAUGGUUAGGAUCAUUUGGUCAAAAGGAGGAAUGAAGCCCACAGACCUCAGUGGGCUGGCCAGCUUCUAAGAAGGAAAGGAGUAAAUCUCAAUAUUUUACUUUCUAAAUAUAAUGUCACAGCCCAGCCCAUUUUUCCUCUAAGGGGACAGAAAAGCAGGGUGUACUAUCCUCAAAUGGUAGGUGUUUUCUCUUCAUAAAAUCAAUGAAUGGGACAGAGUAUGAAAUUGAUCUCCGGACUCUGAGUGAGAGACUGAAGAAGAGGGAACUGUGUGGUCUGUAAGUUACAAAUAGACUAAAGGGGACCAAACCUAUUUCAAAUAGAGACAGAUCAGAAAUCUGGAAUAGAUGAAAGCACUUCUCUGCUCUUGGAUAUGUUUUGUGGCUAUAUACAGCGUGGAAAGUAUGUUCGGGUUAUCGCUGGAGUGGUACCAGCCCUAAUGUUUGAAUUAGCCAUGGGUAGACGCUGUAUUCCCUCUGCUGCAGUUGUGUCCAGAUGCCUUCGCUGGAGUGUCAGGAGUGGAACUCAGGCGUCCAAAGCUUUGCAAGCAGUAUGAUUGAAUAUUCUAACUGCAGUGUGCUGAGUGAAUGUGGGAAACGGACUGUGUAUGCUUUCUAGAGUCAAAUCCUCAACCACCCUGCUUCUCUCUGACAUCCUGAGAUUCCUAUCCAAUAUGAAAUGUCCUCCUUCCACAAUCCAGCUAAGCCUUCUGCUUUCGUAGAAAUCUAAGAGGCAGACAGGCAAGCAAGAAGAAACAACACAGUUUGCAUCAGAGACAAUAUAGGGAAACAGGAGGUGUUCAGUUUAAGCUCUAGUUUAAAUUCAAUAGGUGAGGCAAGGAAUCACACACUUUAGCAUAAUGGGGCUGGAUAUCCAACAAUAUGAAAUGGACCUGGAAGUGGAUCCUGGAAGAUGAAUGAGUUUAAGUUGUUCUUAAUGAACAUUUAGCAGGGCAUUAAGUGCUGCAAUAGGGGAAAACUGCACAAUCUGCAACUCCUGCCCUGGGGAGGAGGUCAUCACAGGGAUCAGGAAGUUUCCUGGGCAUUUCAAGAUAAGGAGAUGUGUGAGUGGAUAGGGAAGGAUUGGGCAUAUUCCUAUCCCUGAUUUCCACCUGGCUUUAAAAUAUUCAGAGAACAAGGUAACAAACCGAAAUCCUGAAUUCAAAGGCCAACACCACCUUUGAUAUCUUGGCUGUUGAUUCAGGUAAAACACUCCAGAAAAUGCUGAGGCUACUUUGAUUUUCCUCAGGAGUUCAAAAUGGUGGCUUGCUUGGCAGCUGUUGUGCGUUUCCCAGAAUUCCAACUGAACGUUGAGAACCCACAUUAGCCAACUUAUUUUUAUAGUAAAUAAGUAAAAAAAAAUUUUCUUAUAGUAUUGGAACUACUAAUUUUAAAAUGACUUUUUGAUGUAUUUUUUGUUAAAUACAAUGUAGUGUAAUGUAUAAUUGCUCUUGUUUAUUGCUUUUACAAUCAUAUUUAUUAAACAGAUAAUGUCUCUAAAGCCAUGUAUCCA